AUGCCAGUGCGCGGGUCUGAUGUCAAAGGGGUGGAUUCCGUCCGACUUACAGCUGCACCAAAGGCUGACUUUGGCAGGAGGCAAGUGUCGUCAGCCUCGAAGUCCCGUGAAGCCCCACCUGCUAUCCAACUGCCCACACCUGCAGUCCAACGCCCAAGCCCCAUCACACUUUUCCAGCCCAGCGUCUCCAGUACUGCCCAGGUAGCCGUCCAGGCUCCAAGUCUGCCACUCCGCCCAGCACUCCCACCUCAACGCUUUGCUGGGCCUUCCCAAACUGACACUCAUCGGCUACCUUCCGGAGCCAAUCGCUCUGUGAAGAGACCUACUCCUGUCUCUCUGGAGAGCACCAGCAGGAUUCCAACUAGUGCAAGUACAGCCCUUGCCAGAUUUGCAACCUCAACCAUCCAGCCUCCCAAGGAGUAUUCCAGCGUUUCCACUUGUCCCAGAAGUGCUCCAAUCCCCCAGGCUCCUCCCCUUCCACACUCACAUGUCUACCAGCCUCCUCCCCUUGGCCAUCCAGCCACACUGUUUGGGACACCUCCACGAUUCUCUUUCCAUCACCCUUACUUCUUACCUGGACCUCACUACUUCCCAUCAAGCACAUGUCCUUACAGUCGGCCUCCCUUUGGCUAUGGGAAUUUUCCAAGCUCAAUGCCAGAAUGCCUUGGUUAUUAUGAAGACAGGUACCAAAAACACGAGGCUAUGUUUUCAGCUUUAAAUAGAGACUACCCUUUCAGAGACUACCCAGACGAGCGCACACACAAUGAAGAUUCUCGGGGUUGUGAGAGCUUGGAUGGGACCUCUUACUAUAACAGCCACAGCCACAGUGGGGAAGAAUACUUAAAUCCCAUGCCCCAGCUGGACAUUGGGGCUUUGGAGAACGUCUUCACAGCUCCCACCUCAACUCCCUCUAGUAUCCAGCAAGUCAACGUGACUGACAGCGAUGAGGAGGAAGAAGAAAAAGUGCUCAGGAAUUUAUAAUUUUAAAACAAAUAUGCACAGAAAAUAAACAUUUCUUAAAAUAUACUCUGGGUCAGUUGGUGUGAGAAAAAAAGCCUAGAAUCCUUUGCUGAGAGUUUUCAGCCAUGAUUCGAGGAGUCAAAACCAAAUUCUAUUCAUGUCUUCAUAAAAUGUUGAUUAAUGAAACUGGAGUCCUGAUGUUUCAUCGUAGGAAUAUUUAAAAUAUGAAGCAGAUUACUUUUAUGGCUGAAAUUUGCACCAACAUGUUAUCAUUACUUUAUGUUGGCAUGUACAAAAUACAGAAACCUCACAAUUGUGUGUGAGGAGAAAGGUAGUAUAUAUCUGGCAUAAGAAGUGUGAUUUGCAUUUUAUCUCAGGAUACAUAUAUAUUCUUAAAUAAUUUUUGUUUGGUGUUUAUAUAAUACUUAUAUUGUCAGUUUUUAUGUAACAUUUUGAAAAUAUUUUGAUAACUUUUAGAAGUGAAUUGGGACUCAGUUACUAAUUUACACCAAUAACCAAUUAUAAGUUGCAAAUGUGUUUUAAUGGCACCUGGGUAAUUCUUUCAGCUAUAUUUAGUCAUUGCUGUCCCUAAACAUUUUUAUCAUCAUUUUAAAAUAUAUUUUUUUUCCAUUUGGUAUGCAUUGUUGUAUUUUUGUUAUAAUUAAAUAAACAUAGAUAAAAUUGUUCUUGAUGGAUGUUUUCUGUUUGGAUGAUAGAAAUAAGUAUAAUGAAUAUUGUUCAUUUAAGAUUAUUUUUCAUACCACAUACAGAUAUUUAUUUUUGUUUAAUGGCUUUUAGAAUUGUACAGAAUCCCAUUAUCUUGCAUGAGACUUGAUAUUGUAUUAAUAAAGAUGUGCACAUACUUAUAUUAUUUCAAAACUGCUUACACAUGUGUACAUGUAACUUAAACACUCCUAUGAAGGGGCAAUGGUUCCAGAUUUGGUUCAAGCAGCUGUCUUGAAAACCAUGAGUUUACUCAAAAGUAUAUGGAAUUUAUUUAAUCCACAAUACACAAAAGCCCCUACUUAUUAACCCCUGCUAUGGGCAAAUGCCCAAUUAUAGAUAGCAAAGACCUUUUGGAAUGGGAUCAGGACCACUAGAGAUGGGAUCAUGGUAAAAGACAGAUCUAGAAGGCACAAAGUGAGUUGAUGAUGGAUAAUUGCCACAAAUCAGUACACUUUUCCCUCAGUGAUCUGUAUAAUUUGUGUAAAUUGAGGUCUUGUUACUUAAACUGGUUGGAAAUUGUGUAUAGAAAACUGUUUUAAGCUUCCAACUUCUUCCUUUACUAAACCUGCAUUUGUUUCUUAAACAAAGGUUGUUAAUGUAAUACAUUUCAUCAACCCUAUUCUGACUGUACAUAAAAUUUUCACUCCCAAUAAAAUUUUUUAUUUUCAUGUUUUA